AUGAUUCCGGAUUUGAAGUAUGUGAUAUACAUAAUAAGUGUAGUUUUAGUAUUUGCUGUUAGUUCUGCAAAUUCUUUAAAAAAAGAAGAUUGUGAAGUUUGUGUAACAGUAUUAGAAAGAUUUGCUAAUUCUUUAUCCGAUGCUAUUAAAAAAGACCAUAAAUUAAUAGAAAAAGAAUUCAAAGAACAUUGCAAAAAUGUUAAGUCUAAAGAAAAUAGAUUUUGUUAUUAUCUUGGAGGGUUGGAAGAAUCUGCGACUGGAAUUUUAGGAGAAAUGUCAAAGCCACUGUCAUGGGGCAUGCCUGCUCUUAAAGUUUGUGAAAAGCUUAAAAAAAAAGAUAAUCAAAUAUGUGAACUUAGAUAUGAUAAGGAAAUUGACAUAGGUUCAGUUGAUCUUAAAAAACUAAAAGUAAGAGAUUUAAAAAAAAUAUUAUCAGAUUGGGAUGAAACAUGCGAAGGAUGCAUUGAAAAAAUUGAUUUCAUCAAAAGAAUCGAAGAAUUAAAACCUAUUCAUUAUAAAACUGAACUAUAA